AUGGUGACAUCCCUGGGAGCCUCAUUAGUGAUGAUGUACUUCCAACUAGUCCGGGUUACUGGCCAGUCUAAGGUACAGCAGAGUCCACAAUUCUUGCCGGUCCAGAUGGGAGGCACAGCCAUCAUCAACUGCAGUUACACAGACAGUGCUUUUGACUACUUCCCCUGGUACCGACAGGAUCCUGGGAAAGGUCCCGCAUUGUUGAUAGCAAUUCGUUUGAACAAGGAUUUAGUGGAGGAAGGAAGAUUCACAGUCCAUCUGAAUAAAGGUGCCAAAUACUUCUUCCUGAACAUCAAAGCUUUGCAGCCUGAAGAUUCAGGCACCUACCUCUGUGCAGCAAGGGAGAGCAGCCAAGCUCGGGUGACACAGGUUCCUCUGUUCAUGAACAUCCAAGAGGGAGAGAAUGUGUCCAUCUCCUGCAAUUAUUCCAGCAGCCUUUCCAUAUACCUGUUUUGGUACAAGCAGGAUUGGGGUAAAAGCCUGGAGUUGGUGUCUGCAUUGCGGGCAAAUGGGGCUAUGAAGAUAGUGGGAAGAUUUAGAGCAACACUCAAUACUCAAGCCCGUCACAGCUCUCUCCACAUCACAGCCAUCCAGACUCGAGACUCAGCCACCUAUUUCUGCACAGUUACGCAGUGGUCCUCGGGCACCUGCUGUCUGGGCACAAACUCUGCAGCUGGAUCUCUGGCCAUCAUGUCUGUCAGAGGGUUAAGGGACCAGGAACUUACUUCAGAGGCUUAG